UUUGCAUUUCAAUUCCUCCUUCACCUACUUGUCCCCUUUACACAUCACUCAAGAGAAUUGCACAUAAUGCCUGGCAUCCGCCUCGAAGACCCCAGCGAGAUCCUCCAUGAUGCGAGAGCAGAGGUCCAGCGGCGAGCCAAGCGUCUCUUGUCUGGCUUCUCCGACUUUGCCCUACGUGAGAACGUGUUAGAAGUUGCUGUUGGCUUGAUAAUCGCAGCGGCUUUUACUUCGGUAGUCACCUCGUUCGUAUCGGAUAUCCUUCUCCCACCGCUCUCCCUCCUCCCGUUCAUAAACCGGAACAUGGAGGAGAAGUUCGCGGUCCUGAGAGCGGGCAAGAACUACCAUAACGGGACGCACGGCCAUGGAUAUAAUACCAUGGACCAGGCAUUAGCUGACGGGGCCGUUGUCCUGUCUUAUGGGACGUUCCUUAACAAAGUCAUUAAUUUCAUGGGCGUAGGCCUGGCUUUGUACGCCGUUGCCAGUAUUGCCGAACUCGCAUCGAGUGAUCCUAUCAUCAAACACGAGGUGAAGUGCAAGUACUGUCUGAAGAAGAUCAGCGAGAAGGCUAAACGGUGCGUGAACUGCACCAGCUGGGUCGACGGGAGAGAAGAUCGCAGUUACGGGCAUUAAAGUCCCUCACUCGACAUCCAGACCCACUCCUCACUACCUUCUCGAAACCCACUAUUCAUUCAGCACAUGGUAAACCCGUCUACGAUAAUAUACCCCUUUCUGCUCCACGUUUCGGUCUUGCAUAUUAGAAUGGUUAUCGUUUUGUUUUUCUUGUUUUCAGGAAUAUUGUUGCAUGCAACUCAUAGGAUUGAACAUAUCGUGUCCAGUCCCUAGGAAUCGAAUAUUUGUCUCCUUCUAUUCAUGGUUGGUGGGUAUGCGAGUUUGUUGCUCAUAGGAGAAUGACAAAUGUUAUAUGUAGAUAAACAUAGGAAGUCUUCAUAUCCACAGUCCUUUACCAGAGUGUUUAUACAUCAAUAGAAGCUAUGUCUGGG